AUGCAUUCCUCAGAUAUAAGUGCAGGAUUGAAAAAUAUUCAUAAGGAUGAUAUGAUUUUAUUGCGAGAAUCCUGGUCGAUCAUAAAUCGAAAUAUUCAAAAAAUUGGUGUCAAUAUUUUUGCAAUGAUAUUUGAGCAAUGUCCUGAAGCAAAAUUUUUAUUUCCGUUCACAGAUAUUUCAAAAAGAGAUAGUGAUUCGAUCAGAUUUCAUUCCUUACGAUUCAUGCAGGCAAUAGAAAGUGUUAUUAAUUCCAUCGAAACUCUAAAUAAAAUCGAUCCUCUAUUAACUAAUCUUGGCCAUGUACACGGAAGAUUAAAGGAGAGACUGAAUUUCAAACCGGAAUACUGGACAGUUUUCCGUGAAUGCACAUUGUAUCAUUUUAGACGAACUUUGGAAAAGAGUAGUAGUAUUAUAGUGAAGACACGAAAAUUAUUUGGCAUGUUAGAUUCAACAGAAUCCAGUAUUGAUUAUUUGAUUAGUUUAUGGGGUAUGCUAUUAGAUUAUAUGAUUGAAGAGAUGACAAUGUCUUUUCGAGCUGAUAUUCGAACCAGGGAACUUAAUAAGAAUAAUUGGCUUCAAAACGAGGAAGAACAAAAUACUAAUUAUUUCGAAGAAAGGCGAGCAACGAUGAAAAUGCAACGAACAGAACAAGUACGAACAAGUAAAGGACGAAACAAACGAAAGAGUUUCUGUUGUGGUUUACAAUGCUUUCAUUUCGAUCAACGAUACAAUCAUCAAUAA